AUAAUUCUGUAAUCUGUGAAAAAAAGCCCAGCAAAUCGCGGUUUCAACUUUCGCGUAUAUUCUUCUUUUUCCCUGAGGAGGUGUUCUGGUUCCUAGACCUUUCAUCCUCCUCUUGGGAAUCUUUUCUCUUUCUCUCUCCCUUUCUCCCUCAAUAAUGGCUGCUGAGAACUUCACCGACAAAAACGCUGUUUUCAGGAAGCUGAAAGCCAAGUCGGAGAACAAGAUGUGUUUCGAUUGUAAUGCGAAGAAUCCGACAUGGGCGUCUGUCACGUAUGGGAUCUUUCUCUGCAUCGAUUGUUCCGCUGUUCAUCGUAGCCUGGGUGUUCACAUCAGCUUUGUGAGGUCUACAAAUCUUGAUUCAUGGACUCCAGAGCAAUUGAAGAUGAUGAGUUUUGGGGGAAACAACCGUGCGCAAGUCUUCUUUAAGCAGCAUGGAUGGACUGAUGGAGGCAAAAUUGAGGCCAAAUAUACUUCAAGAGCUGCUGAUUUAUAUAGGCAACUACUUUCAAAAGAAGUUGCUAAAAGCUUUGCUGAGGAGGCUGGUUUGCCCUCAUCUCCUGUUGCUUCUCAGUCAGCUCAUGUAUCUAAUGGACUGCCUGAUGUCAAGAUUAAUGAAAUCUCAAAAGAAAAUUCUUGUGAAAAGCGUGAAACUCCUGAAGUGACUGUAUCACCUAAAGCUUCUACUCAUACAGUUGUUACCACCACUGUUAAGAAGCCUUUUGGCGCAAAGAAGACUGGAAAGACAGGAGGGCUUGGAGUCCGAAAGCUUACUACAAAGCCAAAUGAAAGUCUCUAUGAUCAGAAGCCUGAAGAACCAGCUCCUGCAGUUGUUACCUCUACUACUACCACCACAGAAUUUGCAUCAUCUUUUCCUUCCCGCUUUGAGUAUGUGGAGAAUGUCCAAUCAAAUGAUGCCAGUUAUGGAGGCACACAAGUGACUAAUCAUGUUGCCCCUCCUAAAGCAUCAAGCUUCUUUGCAGAAUAUGGAAUGGAUAGUGAAUUUCAGAAGAAGGGAAGCGCCAGUUCAAAAAUCCAGAUUGAAGAAACUGAUGAAGCAAGGAAGAAGUUCUCAAAUGCCAAGUCUAUUUCAUCAGCCCAAUUUUUUGGGGAUCAACAAAAAGCAAGAGAAAUGGAAGCUCAAAUCUCUUUGCAGAAGUUCUCGAGCUCAACGGCUAUCUCUAGUUCUGAUCUCUUUGGCCAGAACGUAGAUGAUUCCCGACUUGACCUGACAGCUGCUGAACUCAUCAACAGACUCUCUUUCCAGGCAUCACAAGACAUCUCUUCCCUUAAGAAUAUUGCAGGAGAGACAGGGAAGAAGCUCACUUCUCUGGCUUCUAAUUUCAUUACAGAUCUACAGGAUAGGAUCCUGUGAUGAAUGUGUCACCAUUGCUGUCAUCAUAUCAGUCGGUCAUCAUCAUCAUUUAGGAUACUGAUGUGUGCAUGCUCAAGAAUGUCUAAAGAACUCUUUACAAGUAUCAGAAGGUAAAUAGUCAAUAUUAGGAGUUCAUUGCAAAUUCUUUCAGGGAGAAAAAUAAGAUUUAAGCUUGCUGCGUAUAGUUUUUUUCGGUUUUUCAUAUGGUUGAGGGAGGGCAAUAUUUGAAGUGAAUGUCCACUCUUAUGUUUUUUAGAGUUUUAGUUUGUAUUAAGAAGUACAAUCUUCAGUUUCUCUCUUUAGACGAUCUGAGUCUCACACCAUGUAUUACUUUAUGAACAAAGAGAGACCAGUAGGGCGUUUUUGAGAUGGUCAAUAUUGAAGUCUUCUCUCUCUCUCUAAUA